CGGCCGCCCUCUCUUGCCCGUUGUUCAGCCCCGCCCCGAGCCGCGCCCCUCCGCCGAUGCUCGCUCGCGCACCGCCACCUCAAGCGGGGCCUGCCCUCAGGCCCGGCCGGCUGCACACGGCCGCCGGGAGGCUGGCGCCCUCCGGUCACUUCGGGACCCUCCCGCCGUGUCCCCCGGGCAACUGUCUCCAGGGAGACGGAGCCCGCCCCUGCCACCGACACCGGACAUCUAAGGAGCUGAGAGCCAGGCAGAAGUGGGAUGAAGCCCGCUGAUGCCAAAGUACCUUUAAUCUCCCAGGCAGAGGGGCCUUGGCUGGUGGUCCUUCUUGGCCCAUACCAAACAGCCGUGAUAUGAACAGCCUCUGCUACAGACCCCUGCAAGCCAUGAACUAGCUGAUCAUGACCAUGCCUGCCUGGCAGUGGUAGACUGAGACCCCCUGAAACUGUGAGCCAAAGAAAACAGACCUCAGAGAAGUAACACAACAGGAUGCCCCCUGGGGUGGACUGCCCCAUGGAGUUCUGGACCAAAGAGGAGAGCCAGAGCGUGGUUGUUGACUUCUUGCUGCCCACAGGGGUCUACUUGAACUUCCCCGUGUCCCGCAAUGCCAACCUCAGCACCAUCAAGCAGGUGCUGUGGCACCGUGCACAGUAUGAGCCACUCUUCCACAUGCUCAGUGACCCCGAGGCCUAUGUGUUCACCUGUGUGAACCAGACGGCGGAGCAGCAGGAGUUGGAGGAUGAGCAGCGGAGGCUGUGCGACAUCCAGCCCUUCCUGCCCGUGCUGCGCCUCGUGGCCCGAGAGGGGGACCGCGUGAAGAAGCUCAUUAACUCCCAGAUCAGCCUCCUCAUUGGCAAAGGUCUCCAUGAGUUUGAUUCCCUGCGGGACCCGGAAGUAAACGACUUCCGCACUAAGAUGCGCCAGUUUUGUGAAGAGGCUGCUGCUCACCGCCAGCAGCUGGGCUGGGUGGAAUGGCUGCAGUACAGCUUCCCCCUGCAGCUGGAGCCCUCAGCAAGGGGUUGGCGGGCCGGCUUAUUGCGUGUCAGCAACCGAGCCCUGCUGGUCAACGUGAAGUUCGAGGGCAGUGAGGAGAGCUUCACCUUCCAGGUAUCCACCAAGGACAUGCCCCUGGCACUGAUGGCCUGUGCCCUCCGAAAAAAGGCCACAGUGUUCCGGCAGCCUCUGGUGGAGCAGCCUGAGGAAUAUGCCCUGCAGGUGAACGGGAGGCACGAAUACCUCUACGGCAACUACCCGCUCUGCCACUUUCAGUACAUCUGCAGCUGCCUACACAGCGGGCUGACCCCUCAUCUGACCAUGGUCCACUCCUCCUCCAUCCUUGCUAUGCGGGAUGAGCAGAGCAAUCCUGCCCCCCAAGUACAGAAACCACGUGCCAAACCUCCCCCGAUCCCUGCCAAGAAGCCCUCCUCUGUGUCCCUGUGGUCCCUGGAACAGCCAUUCUCCAUUGAGCUGAUCGAGGGCCGAAAAGUGAAUGCUGACGAGCGGAUGAAGCUGGUUGUUCAGGCCGGGCUCUUCCAUGGCAAUGAGAUGCUGUGCAAGACUGUGUCAAGCUCGGAGGUGAAUGUAUGCUCAGAGCCCGUGUGGAAGCAGCGACUGGAGUUCGAUAUCAGCGUCUGUGACCUCCCGCGCAUGGCUCGACUCUGUUUUGCUCUCUAUGCCGUCGUGGAGAAGGCUAAGAAGGCACGCUCCACAAAGAAGAAGUCUAAGAAGGCGGACUGCCCCAUCGCUUGGGCCAACCUCAUGCUAUUCGACUACAAAGAUCAGCUCAAGACGGGGGAGCGCUGCCUCUACAUGUGGCCCUCUGUCCCAGAUGAGAAGGGAGAGCUGCUGAAUCCUGCGGGUACAGUGCGCGGGAACCCCAACACGGAGAGUGCCGCUGCCCUGGUCAUCUACCUGCCUGAGGUGGCCCCCCACCCUGUGUACUUCCCCGCUCUGGAGAAGAUCCUGGAGCUGGGGCGUCACGGGGAGCGUGGGCGCAUCACGGAGGAGGAGCAGCUGCAGCUGCGGGAGAUCCUGGAACGGCGGGGAUCCGGGGAACUGUACGAACAUGAGAAGGACCUGGUGUGGAAGAUGCGCCACGAAGUCCAGGAGCAUUUCCCAGAGGCGCUGGCCCGCCUGCUGCUGGUCACCAAGUGGAAUAAACACGAGGAUGUGGCCCAGGUGAGUAGAGAGGGGGGUUCGGGAAGACAGCCCCGGGGCAGAUGGACAGUUCCCGCCCACCCCUACCUGACCACCAAGCUGUCCCAGAUGCUCUAUUUGCUGUGCUCCUGGCCCGAGCUGCCUGUGCUGAGCGCCCUGGAACUUCUGGACUUUAGCUUUCCCGACUGCUACGUGGGCUCCUUCGCCAUCAAGUCCCUUCGGAAGCUGACGGACGAUGAGCUCUUCCAGUACCUUCUGCAGCUGGUGCAAGUGCUCAAAUAUGAGUCCUACCUGGACUGCGAGCUGACCAAAUUCUUGCUGGGCCGAGCCCUGGCUAACCGCAAGAUCGGACACUUCCUGUUCUGGCACCUCCGCUCUGAGAUGCACGUACCAUCAGUGGCUCUGCGGUUUGGUCUCAUCAUGGAAGCCUACUGCAGAGGCAGCACCCACCACAUGAAGGUGCUGAUGAAGCAGGGGGAAGCACUGAGCAAGCUUAAGGCACUGAAUGACUUUGUGAAGGUGAGUUCCCAGAAGACCACCAAGCCCCAAACCAAGGAGAUGAUGCAUAUGUGCAUGCGCCAGGAGACCUACAUGGAGGCCCUGUCCCACCUGCAGUCUCCACUCGACCCCAGCACCCUGCUGGAGGAAGUCUGCAGUGUGGAGCAGUGCACCUUCAUGGACUCCAAAAUGAAGCCCCUGUGGAUCAUGUACAGCAGCGAGGAGGCGGGCAGUGCUGGCAACGUGGGCAUCAUCUUUAAGAACGGGGAUGACCUCCGCCAGGACAUGCUGACUCUGCAGAUGAUCCAGCUCAUGGACGUCCUGUGGAAGCAGGAGGGCCUGGACCUGAGGAUGACGCCCUACGGCUGCCUCCCCACCGGGGACCGCACAGGUCUCAUCGAGGUGGUCCUCCACUCGGACACCAUCGCCAACAUCCAGCUGAACAAAAGCAACAUGGCGGCCACAGCUGCCUUCAACAAGGACGCCCUGCUCAACUGGCUCAAGUCCAAGAACCCUGGGGAGGCCCUGGAUCGGGCCAUUGAGGAAUUCACCCUCUCCUGUGCUGGCUACUGUGUGGCCACAUAUGUUCUGGGCAUCGGUGACCGGCACAGCGACAACAUCAUGAUCAGAGAGAGUGGGCAGCUCUUCCACAUUGAUUUUGGCCACUUUCUGGGGAACUUCAAGACCAAGUUUGGAAUCAACCGAGAGCGCGUCCCCUUCAUUCUCACCUACGACUUUGUCCACGUGAUCCAGCAGGGGAAGACUAACAACAGUGAGAAGUUUGAAAGGUUCCGCGGCUACUGUGAACGAGCCUAUACCAUCCUGCGGCGCCACGGGCUGCUUUUCCUCCAUCUCUUCGCCCUGAUGCGGGCCGCAGGUCUGCCUGAGCUUAGCUGCUCCAAAGAUAUCCAGUAUCUCAAGGACUCUCUGGCACUGGGGAAGACGGAGGAAGAGGCGCUAAAGCACUUCCGGGUGAAGUUCAACGAAGCUCUCCGAGAAAGCUGGAAAACCAAAGUCAACUGGCUGGCGCACAAUGUGUCCAAGGAUAACCGACAGUAGGAGGCGCCCCCUGGUGGUCAUACGGCGGUUCCCUCCUGGCUUUCAGCCCUAGAGGUAAAAGGACAGUCCUGGAGACCAGGCAUGUCCAGUGGUCACCAAAGGGACCCCAGAGCCUGAACUGUCCCUCAUGGGGAAGAACCACACCACUGCUUCUUGUUUACACUGGUAAUUUAUUUAUGACUCGAAAUGUUUAAGGAACAGAAUAGCCAUAAAUGGAAGUGCAUUUCUGUGCAGGGGAGGGGUGAUGUCCUCAUGAUGUCAUCCCCGGUCAGCACUGUAACAGCACCUUGAGGAUCGAACCCCUAGUCUUCCAACCUGUGGGUCUUGGCCCAGCAAGGACAGUUCUUGGGGCCUUCUUCCCAGGCUCCCAGCAGGCUGCCUGGAACAAGCCUGGCGGUCACCUGGUGCCUCCAUCCUCAGCUCACCUCCGGCCACCGUUGUGUGGCCUACCCAACCAAGCCUCCGGCAGCUCUUGAGGAAGCCAGGAGCUUCCCUCUAGACUCAGGCACACUUGCUCGGCACUGCUGAAGCGACCUCUUGGGUUUGGGUACGGGAACGCCCUCACCUCUCAUUUGCGGGUAAGAACACGAUAUGUAGACUCUGUCCCUUACCCCGAUGGCUGGGGUAAGGGACCUGGCCUCCACUACAGUUAGUGUAUUCCAGGCCUUGAAGCACUCAGACCGGUGCCCCAUUUAGCUCCGUGUGGUCACGAAUCAAGACGAAGGGCCAGCCAGAAUUGAAGUCCUCUUCGAAGUUCGUGUGAGGGGCACACAAGGCAGCUUUAUGGACGGACAGGACUGAUCUCUUCCAGAGCUGAAAUCGCAGAAGGCAGCUGGGGAGCUAGGCUCGAAAAGUGUGAGCAAGGACGAGAACGGAAUUCAGUGUAGUCUGGGCAGUCAGAGGAACUCGAGAAACGCAGUCUCGGCCUCCUCCCAGGGAUCCAAACGCCAGCCACCCGCCCGGCUUUUAGAGAGCCCAGCUCAGGGGUCGCACAUGCUUAUCGUCCCACCCCAAGCACAUCUCCAUGUAUCAGCUGCCACCUCAGGACCUGGAUCUCCCGGUAGCAUUCUGAGACUUUGAGAACCAUCACCGCUGUCUCGCCAGCAGCCCAGAACAUGGCUCAAGGAGCCCCUUCAUGUUGAUGAGCCCAGGGUCCAGCAGUGAGCGGUGGUGCCUCCGCAGCACCCGCUGAACCCCUAGUCUGCCCCACCAACUCUGAAAUAGGAAACGUGUCUGUGUGUGUGUAUGUAUGUAUGCCAUGUUAUUUAUUGAAAAGAGUCUAGGUGCUCUCUGGUGUGGCUGCAGAUUCUGCACAGGCUCGGCCUUUCUGGGUUGGGUGUGUACUUGGCUGGAAGACGGGUUUUUUGUUAAGUUUUUUCCUCUCAUUGAUGGGGGCUGAGACCAGUUUGUGCAACCUUGACACAACAGGUAAAGACAGGUGAAAAGAAAUAAAAACGUUUUUAUGUUCUUAA